CCACGAUACUGGUUCGUUCGCGAUAUGUGGGAAAGGUCUACAAAGAAUUAGCAAUACUCAGUGAUUAGCUAUUAGCAUACACCACCACUUGCUGUAACGCUGAACAACGUUGCCUGUUGUUGGACGCUGGAAGCUGGACUGGAAACAGAUGUAGCUCAGCUAAUAGCGAAAACCAAGAAGAGGCACGCAACUAGCGCCCAAGAGGGAGGGGUUCCUAGCAGAUGCAAUCCACAAAAGCAACUAGGCACGAAGGUACCUUGCCCACUUAUCUCCUAAUCUCUAAGCGAGCGCCCGUUGCAUCGUUACCUGCCGCAGUGCGACUGUCCUGCUUUCUGUUUUUCGAUGAUCGUCCGACGCUCUAAUAAUCGGGGUCCUCAUGCCGCCAUGCCUUUCGGCUCUUCUUGACCUACGCCUUAAUAUUGCUAUCUUAGCUAUCUUACAGCUUAUCAGAAAUCUCAGCCCUCAAUGGUUCAAGGUGUUAUCCAGGCCGGAGCACAGGAGGAUUGCCUGUCUACUGACCAUUCCACCGUAUUCGGCUGAAAACUAGUCUCUCCCCUUAUCUAUAAAAGCCAGCAACCCACAUUUUCCCCUUUGUCCCUUGCUUAGUCUUUCCAAACGUCGCCUUUUCCCUUCCGCUUACUCUUCUUACACAACAUCCGUCCACUCUCGAUUACUUCCCCUUCUUGGUUUCUUUUUUUAAUAUCCUCAAGAUGUCGGUUCACCUCGAGUAUGACGACAAAAAGGAUGCUGCCUAUGACUACACCCAACAAGUGGCUCCCGCCGAUGCUGUACCUAGCAGCAGCGAUGUUGAAGACGUUGAGGUGAAAAGUGGCCUCAAGAGAAAUCUGAAAAGCCGACAUAUGGCAAUGAUCUCCCUUGGUGGUGUUAUUGGUACAGGUCUUUUUCUUGGUACUGGAUCUGCCCUGGCCAACGGUGGCCCUCUUGGUCUGUUCUUGGGUUACGCUACUAUGGGGUCAAUUUGUUACUGUGUGAUGAUUUGCCUUGGGGAGAUGAUCUCCUUUUUGCCUAUCCCUGGUGGUCAUAUCAAACUGGCUGAGCGAUUCGUGGACCCUGCUCUAGCGUUUACUAUGGGCUGGAAUUACUGGUACAACUGGGUGAUCAUUCUUCCUGCGGAGUUAUCUGCCGCUGCCGUCUUGAUUAACUUGUGGAAUGACACUAUUAACAAUGCUCUCUGGAUCUCCAUUUGUCUCGUUGUGGUCGUAGCCAUCAACUUCUUGGGCUUCUUUGGUGAAUGUGAAUUUUGGUUCGCUUCUAUCAAAAUCCUGACCAUUGUGGGAUUAAUCAUCCUUGGUAUCAUCAUCACCGCUGGUGGCGGCCCUGACCAUACGAGUAUUGGUUUCCAGUAUUGGCGUAAUCCUGGUCCCUUCGUUCAGUAUGAGGGCAUCAGUGGUAGCCUCGGUCGAUUCUUAGGGUACUGGGCUGUUCUCACCCAAGCUGCCUUCUCCUACAUUGGCACUGAAAUCGUCGCCAUUGCUGCUGGGGAAGCCAAGAAUCCUCGUCGAAACCUCCCUCGAGCCAUCAAGCGCGUCUACAUUCGAAUACUCGUUUUCUAUCUCGGUGGUACUUUCAUUAUCGGUCUUCUCGUUCCUUCCAAUGAUGAGGGUCUCGCUCUCAAUUCUGGGAAUGCUCUCGCUUCUCCCUUCGUAAUCGCCAUCAGAAGGGCUGGUAUACCUGUGCUCCCUAGCAUCAUCAACGCUUGUCUUUUGACUUCUGCUUGGUCUGCUGCUUCUUCCGAUCUUUACACAUCAUCACGAGCUCUCUACGGAUUGUCUAUCACUCGACAAGCUCCGAAGAUUUUCUCGCGCACGACUCGCAGGGGUCUUCCUUGGGUCUCCAUUUCAUUCUGUGCCCUUUUCGCUGCCCUCUCAUAUAUGUCUCUUCAAAGUACUGCCGGUGAAGUCUUUGGAUAUUUUUCCAAUUUGACUGCUGCUGCUGGUCUCAUGACGUGGUGGGGCAUCUGCUUCAUUUACAUCCGAUUCGAGAAGGGUCUCAGGGUUCAAGGCAUUGCUCGUUCCUCCCUCCCCUACAGUUCCCGACUCAACUACCGUGCCUCUGCUGCUUGGUACGGUAUCAUCAUGAUCACCAUCAUUCUCUUUUUCUCUGCCUGGAGCGUCUUUCUUAAGGACAACUGGAGCACUUCCACUUUCGUCACCAACUACCUUCCUCUUUGGCUUUUCCCUAUCCUCUGGGUCGGUUACAAGUACAUCAAGAAGACUCACUUCGUCCGUGCCUCUGAAAUGGACUUUGUAUCUGGUUUGCAAGCUAUCGAAGCCGAAUGCCAUGAUGAGACUCCACCCAGUACUAUCCUAGGAAAGUUUUGGGAUUUUUUAAUGUAAACUAGACGGCAUCUGUGUAGUGUUUGUUCAUUGUCCUUUGAUGGUGUUUUUUUAUGUAUCUUGUAUCUUCUGGU